UCGGAAUGUAAGAAAACUUCCAAAUCAGAAGGCAAACAGACGGCAACUGCCCUCCUCUGCUUUCAUUUCUCCCACAAGGUAAAUACUCUCUCUCGCUCACAGAAAACCUCCAUGGCUUCUUCUGCUUCAAUCACAACCGCCCUAUCUCGCUUUUCCCUAAUCCGAUUCUCCCUAAAACCCUCUCCGUCGUUUCCACAUACAACCCCAUUUUUUCUCACUAAACCAAAGGCUCCGAAAUACGGGUUCCGCUUGUUGUCAAUGGCGUCCGAGCCGAAUGAAUUACCCGCCAACAAUCCGGGCCUCCACGCCACCCCAGAUGAAGCCACUAAGAGUUACUUCAUGCAACAAACUAUGUUUCGGAUUAAGGACCCUAAAUCCAGUCUUGACUUUUAUUCACGUGUGUUGGGCAUGUCGCUGCUUAAGAGGCUGGACUUUCCAGAAAUGAAGUUUAGUCUGUACUUUUUGGGCUAUGAGGAUCCUGCAUCAGCUCCAACUAACCCGACUGAUAGAACAGUUUGGACCUUUGGCCAGAAGGCUACAAUUGAGUUAACACAUAAUUGGGGUACUGAAAGUGAUCCAGAAUUCAAAGGAUAUCACAAUGGGAAUUCGGAGCCUCGAGGCUUUGGACACAUUGGUGUCACCGUUGAUGAUACUUACAAGGCAUGUGAGAGAUUUGAACGUCUCGGGGUGGAGUUUGUGAAAAAGCCAGAUGACGGAAAGAUGAAAGGGAUAGCAUUCAUUAAGGAUCCUGAUGGUUAUUGGGUUGAAAUCUUUGACCUUAAAACGAUAGGAAGCAUUACAGGUGGUGCUUCGUGAGGUCAUGGCACCCUUUCUUCAGGUGAACCAUGGUGGCAACUUACAGUCGGACAUCAUUUCUGGUUUUCCUAUAUGUCCAUAGUUCAGAUACGAGUCUCGUAAAUGGACUUGUUUGGCGAUUUUCUUACGUGUUUUAUUUUUCACUUACCUCUAGUGUUUGUGUAGUUUUGUAUUCUGUAAGUUGGUACUUGGUACUUGGUACGAGUUACUUUUGUCUGUUGUCGACUCGACUGCUGUUCAGUACAAACUUGGUCUUUCUUAUCACAAUGCGUUGUUCAAACUUUCUUA